AUGGCAGGUGCCGCUCCUCCUGUUGCUGCCGCUGGCAGUCGAGGCCCAAAAUGGACCACAGCAGAGUGCAACCUUCUUUGCAAAGCUUUUGUUGCUGCCAGUGAAGACGCUGCAGAAGGAACUGAUCAAACCUCAGCAGAGUUUCAAGAGAAGACUCAUCAGAAGUACAUCCUGCUCUUGCAACAGCACAACACUGAGCAUGGAACCAACUUCCCUCCUCGCAAAGCCCAUUCGAAUUUCAAUCAAUUCAGGAAGAUAUCAAAGCUUGUGCUCAAGUACAAGUCUGUGGAAGAUAACGCUGGUGAUCCACCAUCUGGAGAUAAUGACAAGGCUGUGUUUCUUGAGGGAAUCAAGAACACUUUCAAGAAGUGGCAUGGGAAGGAGUGCGGCAACAUGCUGGAAGCUAUUGUGUCAUGCAAAGAGUUCUUGAAGGGAAGCCCAAAGUGGGCCGAUUUUGAAGCCAAGAUAGAGGAGAAGAAUACCAAGAAGCGCAAGACCACAAGACCACCAGGAAACAAAGUCGCCAAGCAACAGAAAAAAGAUGAGGCAAUCGUGAAGAAUGUACUCCAAAUCUCCAGCGACGAACAAGAAAAGAAGGACCAUCGCCGUAACAAGGACUUAUUCAUGCAGAAGAUUGGAACUGGCAUGGAUGCUCUCGCGACUUGUCUUGCCGACAGGAACGACCAGCAACUCCUGGAGUACUUGUCACCCGAGAGCAGAAAGAAUUGUGCCCGCCAGCUGUUGGAAGAACGUCUUAAGCGAAUGAAAGCACAGAACUCGACUUCUUUUAUCCGGCCAGAAACCAAAUCGUCCAGUGUCAUUUCUUCUUUGACCACCGAUGGCUCUGACACCGAUGGAACCGGUUCUCCAGUUCAGGUGGAGAAGGUUGUGCCUGCCGAAGUAGCAACAGCUGGUGAGAGUCCCACCGAUAUGCGCUUAUUGCGAGAGAUGCAAGCCCGUAUUAAAGCGGAGAAGAACGAUGACAACGACACUGACAAUGACGGUGAGGAAGACCUUUACGCGUAG